UCUGAAAAAAUGUGGACCACGUCGGUAUUGCUCUGCUCAACUAAUUCACUUAAUGCGAAACAUUUGUACAAGUUUUUAAUUCGAGAGUGUCGUAAGCUUCCAAAAAACACACAGUCUUAUUACAUUAAUUUUGUUCGCCAGGGUUUUGGUCAACAUGCUGAAGAAACUGAUACUGAAAGGAUUAGAAAAAUAAUGCAGCGUGCUGUGGAAGAUUCAAAGUGGAUUUUGAAUAAGUAUUGUCCCAAAAAGUAAACAGAAAAUUAAAAUGGAAAAUAUGGCUGAAAGAUUCUGGAAUACCCUGAAGGUCUGGAGUCAAAAGCCACAUGUAGUCAACAAACGCUUGUCAGGUGUUGCAUCAAUAGCUAAUUGGAAAUGUGUGUCUCAAUUUCUCUCCUGGCAAGACAUUAUUGAAAAACAUCUAGUACUGAUUGGACUAGAUGAGGUAGAAAUAGAAAAAAAAAUGGAUGGCAUGAAGUGGUCAAAAGCACAACAUUGGAGUAUUGAAGAGCAUGAAGAAAAUACAUGCUUAGCUUCCAUCAGGAAAUGUUUACCUAAGCAGAAGAGUCGCCAUCAGACCAUUUUAGAGCUUGAAAUUAUAGAUUUCAAAUUGAAAUGUGCUGUUUAUGUACCACUGAGUGCACCUGUUGAAGGUGAGAUUGAACACCUUAUUUCCCCUUGCCCUUAUGCUGUUGUGCUUGGUUCAUCAGACAUUGAGCUUAAUGUUUUCAAAAGCGAUGUCAAGGGCGAUUGGCUGUUGCAAAACGUAUUGCCUAAACUGAGAAAGUGGCAUGCAGAGAUGGAUGAGCAGCACUCUGCCGUUGAAUCUAUUCGUUUGGUAUCUUUGGAGGCUUAUAACAAUCUUUAUCAAGAGUUGAAGAAGAAAUACGUCCCUAACAUCACUAAGGUUUGGCCUGAGUGUACAGACCCUCAAAAGUUUAUUCACGAGGACGUAGCCAUUGCCUCAUAUUUGAUACUUAUAUGGCGUCAGGAGCGAGAGCAACUCAAAUUAGAUUCUGAUUAUAGACAAACCUUUAUUGAUAUUGGUUGUGGCAACGGCCUUUUGGUUUAUCUUUUGACAUCAGAGGGAUACCCCGGUAAAGGAAUUGAUAUUCGAGCUCGCAGGAUUUGGUCCUUAUAUCCACCAGAAAUCAAACUCGAGGUCUCUACUCUGAUACCGUCGGAAGAUACUUUCUUCCUCGAAUUUGACUGGCUUCUUGGAAAUCACUCGGAUGAAUUAACUCCUUGGAUCGCUGUUAUGGCAUUGCAGAGUUCGAUCAAGAGGCAGCCAGAACGUUUGCCCACUCGUUAUUGGGUAUUGCCUUGUUGUCCUUUUUCAUUUUGGGGUAAAUUUCAGCGCGAAAAGUUCAAUGCGGCCAAUAGUUCCCGUUAUUUUGAGUACUUGCGCUUUGUUGGUGAAAUAGGACGUAACUGCGGGUAUCAAGUAGAAGAAGACAGGAUGCGAAUUCCUUCCACAAGGCGUACGUGUUUUGUGGGGUCCAUUCAAUCAAAGAGCGAGUCCGAGUGGGCCGAUCUGUUAAAGGCCAAAUCUAGUAUGAUUGCUUUGAGUAAAGAAGGUGUUGAAGAAACCAAGUUCCAGCCCCGUUCCGCCGUAGAACUUAUCCGCAAUUGUACACGGGUUGAGCGAAGUAUUCAAGAUUCGUUUAUUAACUUGACGGCUAAAUGUUUACUUGAUUGCGGAACCCGGAAUCAACCCGGGGAAUGGAAUCCGGGUGGGGAAAUUAACUUAACAGAUUUGGUGACACUGGUUCGUCAGGACUUCAAAGAUUUCGAUCAGUUAAAAAGCGAAUGCGGAGGAAUUCAGACUUUAUUGCGAAACCACUCUCACAUUUUUGUUGUGCAAAACAAGUGCGUUCGUUUUCGUUCUCCCAAGGAGUUGUCGGUUGAGGAAUGGCGAAAUCAACAGAAGCAUACUAAAGCAACUAAGACUAAGAGGUCCCGCCUAGAUACCAGUGCUCGAACGGAUGUAAAAACUAGAAUCUGUUGGUUUUUUGUAAAUCAUCCCGAUGGGUGUCCCUUAAAUCAAGAUUUGUGUCGCUAUCUUCAUUGAACUACACAUUUUAACUCGUAAUAAAGUACAUCAGUUUUCAAA